AUGGACACACCUCCCUCUCCCAAAUCAGAGCCUGCACGGUUUACCUCGGGCUCUCCAGCACAGACUCUGACUGAGGCCGACGGGAAAGUGCCGCCGAAAUACUCGCCCGCGCGGCAGCUUGUACUCCUGCUCCUGUUCUGUCUGGCGCAGUUCAUCGACCUCUUCAACAAUGCGGCGCUCUUCUCGGCCAUCCCACGCUUGAUUAUCGACCUUCAUAUGUCCACGGCAGAAUCGACAUGGCUCAUCAGCGCAUUCCAGCUGACCUUCGCGUCCUUCCUGCUUAUUAGCGGACGAAUGAGCGACGUCUAUAACCCAAAGAUCUUCUUCAUAGGCGGUAUCGCCUCGCUGGGCAUCCUCUCCAUCGGCGCCGGCUUCGUGAAGAGCAAGAUUCCGUUGAUCGUCAUUCGUGCACUCAGCGGUAUCGCGGGGGCUAUGACCAUUCCGUCCGCUCUGACGCUGAUUGUCAACAUCUUCCCCGAGCCAAGGGAGCAGGCGCGUGCUAUCAGCAUGUUUGGAGGCUGUGGUGCGGUUGGUAAUACUCUCGGGGUAGUCAUCGGGGCGAUAUUCGUCCAGUUCACAUCGUGGAACUGGGUGUUCUGGUUUGUGGCGAUAAUCGCGCUACCGAUUGCCGCUAUCGGUGCUUUCUUCAUCCCCGCGCAAGAACCUAAGGUGAAGAAGGUGGGAGACGGAACGGAGGCCAAAUGGAGGAGUCUGGACAUCGUUGGGGUGACUAUCCUGACCAUUGCGCUCAUUCUGUUCAUCUUUGCGAUCACGUCCGGCUCGGCGUCGGGGUGGUCGUCGGCCACGGUGCUCGCUCCACUCAUCAUCUCCGUCUUCCUGGUCGCAGAGUUCUUCCGCCAUGAGACGACGAUCCCAGCGGACAGGGCAGCGAUACCUCCGCGCACAUGGUUCCUCCCAAACUUCGCCGUCCUCUUCGCCACCGCGCUCCUGCCGUACUUCUGGUUCACGACCGUGUUCACGCUGUACACGACGCUCUGGCAGAACGUCUACCACUGGAGCGUCAUCUCUGCUGCUAUCCACACGCUGCCCAGCGGGAUAGUCGCGUUGAUUAUAGCAACCUUCGCAGGCUCCCUGUCGCGCUGGAUCAGCUCGAAAUACGUCAUCCUCAUCGGCGAGGGCCUGGCGAUGAUCGCCACCAUCCUUCUCGCUUUCGCGGACGGCCCCGAUCGCUAUUGGCCGUAUGUCUUCCCCGCGAUUAUCUUGGGAGCCGGCGGUAUUUCGCUGGUCUUCACGCACACGAACAUCGCCAUCUUCCGCACAAGCCCGGCGUCGAUGGCGGGCACCGUUGGGGCGAUAUUCAACGCAGCGCUGCAGCUGGGGGCGGCGGUCGGGAUCGCUGCGGUGGGCCAGAUCGAAUCGAGUCAAGACGCAAAGAAGGGGAAACCGGACUCAUAUGCCGGACGCGCAGCGGCAUUUUGGUUCUUGCUGGCGAUCGUGGGGGUCGAAUGGUUGGCCCUGCUCGUGUUCUACCAUGUCGACAAGGAGGGUGCCGUCGAGGAGCCGCAGAGCGAGAGUGUGAGGGAGGCGGAGAAGGAUGAUGUGGCCAAGAACGAACAAGGGGACACAGAGAAGAAACGCGUGAGCGUUGAGGUGGCGAGUUUCCGGCGGUUGAGCGUUGGGUUCGAUCCUAUAGAUCACAUCUCCGUCAUCAGCGCACCGUGUAUCAAUAGUCACACUCACCACUUCAUUUACUCUCGUGACUUCAAUGCUAAUCAGGACUUCCCAAUGGUGUCAUCUGCUUAUUACUGGCGAGCUCAGAUUAGGAGUACCUCCUGA